CCAAACAUUACUUGAGAGAAAAAAAAAACAUUACUUGAGAUCAAAGAUCAUGUCUUUAAGUCCGAGAGAUCCUCUUGUGCUUGCAAGAGUUGUGGGUGAUGUUGUUGAUCCUUUCAUGAGAUUGAUCUCUCUUACGGUUAAUUAUGGCCAAAGACAGGUUACUAAUGGUUUGGAUCUAAGGACUUCUCAAGUUCUGAAUAAACCAACGGUCGAGAUCGGAGGAGAUGACCUCAGAAAUUUAUACACUUUGGUUAUGGUGUCCAGAUGUGCCAAGUCCAAGCAACCCUCACCUCCGAGAAUAUCUCCAUUGUACAUAGGAUUGGAAACUUUGAAUGACUAUUCUACAUCAACAUCAAGAGCAUUUAAGUAUGCGGCUAAACAAUAUCUUAAAUCUUUAGCAAAAAAAAACAAUAUCGUAAAUCUAAAUGGCUGCUCUCAUUACAGGUUGGUGACUGAUAUACCUGCCACAACUGGAACCGCUUUUGGCAAUGAAUUGGUGCACUAUGAGAACCCAUGUCCCAAUUCAGGAAUUCACCGAGUAGCACUGAUGUUGUCCCGGCAACUCAGAAGACAAACGGUUUAUGCACCUGAGUGGCGCCAACGCUUCAACACUCGUGCGUUCGCUGAGAACAACAAUCUUGGUCUACCCGUGGCUGCCGUUUUCUUCAACUGUCAGAGAGACAAUGGCUGCGGAGGAAGAAGAACAUAGAUAUCCAUACCUCCUUUUUUUUUUUUUUUUAGGUAACCGCGGGUUUCCGGCGACCGUGGUCAACCGACUAUUCCCGCGAGGCCCACGGCACUCCACGUAUUCUUGGGAUUUAACUCUAGUCCGGGUGGCCAGCGGAACUCGAAAUGCUUGAAUCCAUACCUCCUUCCGCUUAAAUAAUCCAUUUGUCUACUCUAUAACCUUAUAUUUAAGCUAGCAUUUAGAUCAGGUUGUUGUAAUAAGAUUAUGAUGAUAUAUAUGACUAAACAGAUGGUAAUGCAUGCUGACAUCUAUAUAAGCAGUGGCGGAUCUACGUGGUGUGUGGGUGGGGCAGCUGCCCACCAUGAAUUUGUAAUUUUUAUGUAAUUUUAGUCAAGUUUUUUUAAUUUGUCCUUGUUGAAAUUUCAUGUGUAAUAAUUGUGA